CCUUAUUAGGGGUCGACUUUGUACCUACCCCUCAUUGAUAUCAACAUUCUUCAGAGGGAGAACGAAUCGACGAAUUGACGGAUGAUCGGUCACAAGGGGUUCCAACAAGAGGUGUGCCUUUGCGGAGUCGGUCCCUGAAUUGCGAAUCCAGCCUGCUAGUGAUGAUCAGUGAGUAUGUAGUAGAUGCGAGAGUUUAGAUGCAUAUAUAUAAAGCCGGCCCCAUGCCCUAAAGAUUCUCCUCUUUUGACCUGGGUUCGGAUCAUCACUUCACUGUCAGCUCACAUCAGUAUAACGUUCCAAACAACCACAUAAACUCCUCGCAAAAGUUAGCCACAUCCACCUGUCACCAUGUCGUUCUCUCUUCACCCAUUGAUCGACAACGGCAUCACCAAAGGCCGCGAGGACUUCCCCGGCGGCAAGCUUCGCUGCAACUGCGGCAGCAACCGCGUCGAGGUUGACAUUACGGGAAAUGUCCUCCACAAUCACGCUUGCGGUUGCAGUCAAUGUUACAAGCCGAAAGGUGCCCUGUUUUCCAUUGUUGGGGUGGUUCCGGUCUCGAACCUCAAGGUCACUGCCAACGAGGACAAGCUCCAGAUCGUGAAUAAGGACGCCACGAUCCUCCGCCAUGCAUGCAAGGAAUGUGGUGCGCAUAUGUACGGCCGGAUCGAGAAGGACCAUGCCUUCAAGGGUUUGGAUUUCGUUCAUGUCGAGUUGUCCGACGACAAGGGUUGGCAGGAACCGCAGUUCGCGGCUUUCGUCUCGUCCCUCAUUGAGCAAGGCUUUGAUCCUGCCAAGAUGGGCGAGGUGCGGGACAGGUUGAGGAAGCUCGGGCUGGAGCCGUAUGAUGCACUGAGUCCGCCGUUGAUGGACGCUCUUGCGACCUAUGCUGCGGAAAAGGCGGGAGUCAGGGGCAAGCUGUGAAGGAGAAAGGCGCAGUUCCAGUUCGGGAGUAAGCAAGUGGUGUCCCUGAAGGUGGCUGCUGCGGAAUGAGCUGUGUUGUGCUGCGCCGGCAUCCGUCAGUUGCUGUCGCUAAGUUAUCAGGUGCAAAUUAUUCCACAAAAAAAGCCUGAGACAAUCAACCAUAUCGCUUUUCGCCGUUCAGAAACAGCCCCGCUUAGAUUGUGUUCGGAACUGUUGAACCAGUUAGUAGUUGAUGUAGCAACCUCGACUGCGAGAGCCCAUCUACCGCCAGGACUGCCGAAAGUAUAUAAAAGCGAGACGUUCAAUUUCAGAAACCAGCCCAACGCCGAGGUUGCAGACUUCGGUGUGCUGGCUGGAGUCAGAAAGCGGCGGCGGAAGCAUAGUAACUCUCCCGUAAACCAUUCAUGAAGAAGAAUUUCGAGGAAACAUGGACGAAAAACAGAAAGGCAUUCUGCAAGUCUCAUAGCCCAA